CCCCGCCAAGUGAGUCAAAAAAAAAAAGUCGUGCAAUCGAAGAGCAUUUAAGGGCUCUACUCCGCAACAUCGAGGCUUGCACCCUCAAUAGACUGAUUCAGGGACCGAACCCCCUAGUAAUUAGGGACAGCCAAUCGGCAGAAUAUGGCGCCCAACGCAGAAAAUCCUUCUGCUAAAACCCUUCCCACGCGGGGAAAGGAUGAGCAGACCAACGCCGACGCUUCGCAGGCGCUUGACAAGGCUUUCAUUGAUUACAGAAUCGCGAUAUUCGACCGGAUCAAGGCAGAGUAUGAUGAGAAGGUUUCCAAGCUGCCCCAUGAACCAAUCACGAUUACGGUGAAACACGGCGAUGAGAAGGAGCAGACCAUCUUGAACGGAACUUCAUGGGAAACUACCCCGGCAUCCCUUCUUAAACAACUCCCGAAAGACAUUUCCGACGGAUCUUUCAUUGCCAAAGUCAAUGAUGAGCAGUUGUGGGAUUUUGGCCGGCCUCUUGAGGCGACAUGCACAGUUCGAUACCUCAAAUUUGAUGAUGAUGAGGGUAAGAAGGUUUUCUGGCACUCAAGUGCUCACGUUCUGGGUGAGGCGGCCGAACUCAAGUUUGCCUGCCAUUUGUGCAAUGGGCCGCCAACUGAAGACGGAUUUUACUAUGAUCUUGCAAAUCCCUCUGGACAACCGGUUGUCAAAUCUGAUCACGAUUCUCUGCAAAAGCUCGCUGCCGGCGUCAUUAAAGAGAAACAGCGCUUUGAGCGCCUGAUGAUGACCAAGGAGCAGCUUUUGGAGAUGUUCAACUAUAACAAGUACAAGGUCCACUUCAUAUCCGAAAAAAUUCCAGAUGGCACAAGCAGCACAGUUUACCGCUGCGGUACGCUCAUUGACCUUUGUCUUGGUCCUCACGUUCCUCACACUGGUGCUAUUAAAACCUUCGAGGUGACUAAGAAUUCCUCUUCGUAUUUCCUCGGCGACGCCGCAAAUGACUCCCUGCAGCGUAUCUAUGGUAUUUCCUUUCCGGACAAGAAAGGCAUGACCGAAUGGAAGAAAUUCGUCGAGGAGGCCGCCAAGCGCGACCACCGGAAAAUUGGCGUUGACCAGGAGCUUGUAUUCUUCGACGAUGUAUCGCCUGGAUCUGCAUUCUUCCAGCCAAAUGGAACCAUUAUCUACAACGCGCUGCAGAAGCUAUUACGCCAAGAAUACUGGAAGCGCGGCUACCAGGAGGUCAUUACUCCAAACAUGUACAACACCAAACUUUGGAAGACUUCGGGACAUCUGCAGCAUUACCAGGAGAAUAUGUUCGUCUUCGAUGUUGAGAAAGAGGAGUUUGCGCUUAAACCAAUGAACUGCCCUGGACAUUGUGAGCUAUUCCGUCACCGGGAGCGAAGCUACCGUGAGCUCCCCUGGCGGGUUGCAGACUUUGGAGUCUUGCACCGAAACGAGGCCUCGGGCGCCUUGACUGGUUUGACCCGAGUUCGACGAUUCCAACAGGAUGACACCCACAUCUUUUGUACCACCGAUCAGGUUACUUCUGAGAUUGAAGGGCUGUUUGAUUUCCUCAAACACAUCUACGGCUUGUUUGGUUUCACGUUCAAAUUGAAGCUGUCUACGCGUCCUGAGAAAUUCCUUGGAGACAUUGAAACAUGGCGGGUGGCCGAAGAGAAGCUUACACUCGCUCUCAACUCCUUUUCUGCUACCAACGGCACCAAAUGGGAACUAAACCCUGGCGAUGGCGCGUUUUAUGGCCCCAAGAUUGACAUCACCAUCUCUGAUGCCUUGAGACGUGAUUUCCAGUGUGCCACAAUUCAGCUCGACUUCCAGUUGCCUCAAAACUUUGGUCUUGAGUACAUGACUGCCGAAGGAGCUCAGCAGAUCAAGGACGCGAAGGCCGCUGGCAAGACUGACGGCCUCGCUAACGCUGAGGCUGACAGCAAGCCUGCUUCCAAGGCCCCAAGCCCUGGUUAUGCCCGACCGGUCAUGAUUCACCGCGCCAUUUUUGGAAGCUUUGAGCGCUUCUUUGCCAUCUUGACUGAGCACUUUGGCGGCAAGUGGCCUUUCUGGCUCAGCCCGCGCCAGAUUCUCAUCAUUCCUGUCAUGCCCGCUGUCAACGAUUAUGUUGAGGAGCUGCAGAGAAUCUUCCGUUCCAAGAAGAUGCACGUCGAUAUUGACGUCAGUGGAAACACGAUGAAGAAGAAGAUUUUGACCGGUCAGCUCAAGCAGUACAACUUCAUUUUCGUUGUCGGUGAGCAAGAGAAGAACCAGCGUGCGGUCAACAUUCGUAACCGUGACGACCCAUCUUCCCAAGUAAAGGGCGAGAUGAUUUCCAUUGAGGACGCCCUGACGAAACUGACGGCCCUCCGAAAGGAGAGACGCCUGGUGAAUGCUCUUUAGAAUGGCGCAGAGUUGGUGUUUAAAAAAAGAAAAGAAUCUUGUUACGAUGUCGUCAAAAUAGCAAGUUUUUCAAAAGAUGGUUUUCUUUCUCUUUGAUGAGAGGUUGGGGAGUAACGUAAACAAGAUAUAUGAGAAAUAUAGGGGAUUAAGCUACUGAGAUUUAUGAAAUACGAAAAU